GAAAGUAAUAACUUCGUAGGAGUUGCGAAUGUUUACUUUUUGUUAAAGAAAAAUGAGAUUCCUGUCAUUUAGGGUAAUUUUUUACCCUGCACCAUCAGAAAAACCAAUCCACUUGCUAAUAGAAAAUACUGUGCGGAUGUGUGGUUAUCAAGUUAUAUUUAUGGAAAAGGUCGAAUCAUUAAAUAAAAACUAUGCUAUCAGUACUAAAGACUUGGAUUGUGUGCUUUAUGUACAUGCGUCCGACGGAAAUACUCUGUACAAAGAUUCAGAUAUUCUCUAUACGAAUUUUUCUCAAAACUGGUGCUCUUAUAUAAGAAAUGUUGAUCUAGGAAUUCGUCCAAUGCUCCAGUUUUACCGUAAUCAAUGUUUUUCUAAUAUACUGGUGCCUGUUCAUUCCGAUAUAGAAAUUGAAAGUGUAGAAUUUGGAGUAUACCCAAAAUCAGGAGAAUUUAUAUCAUAUGCAUAUUUAGAAAAAUCAAAAGAGAAAAAUAAGUUACCUUUUACUGCUGAUUUCACUCACGAUGUAAAAGAACUGAAAAUUAUACAUUCAACAGAAUCUAAACAAAAUGGAUUAAGUGUUGAAAACAAAGUUUUAAUCAUUCCUUAUAAACACAUAAGAAAUAUAAUAGUAGAUAACAGUAAUGUCUGUGUUUCGAAUCAAUUUAAAUUAUUAUUAGAUCUUGAAUUUCCGCCGUUAUUUUAUGUGCAAGAACUACAUUAUGAUAGAAACCGCGAAAAUCCCAAAGAAAAGCUUUUUCGAACUUUACCGUUUUACGUCUCCAAGGAUGUAAUCAGCAAGUCUAGUGUAAUACUUUUAAAAUGUGCCAAAUCCUUCCCAUAUGCAGAUUUACUGAGUUGUCUAAGAAGAAAUUGCAGAAACAUACCUGUGCAAUAUGUUGCAAUAGAGGAGAAAAGUUGCGCUAUUCCUCAAUUACCACUUGUUGAUUGGCAGCAUUUUGGAUGCGUAUACAUGAUGACUGAUCUGCUCGUUCGUAACUCUACCAUUCUUCACCAAGAUGAAAACACCCAUGAGCGCCUUCGCAAAGUAUCAACAUACUGCCUAGAAAAUGGAGACUGCCUUGAAAGCGCUCUCAGAUCAGUGCGUUUUAUUGCAGAUUCCGGUCGGUUUGUGAAUCUCUGGGAUGCCAUAGAUUUGUUUUAUUCUAAUGCUGUUUCGGAAGGCUCGAAAAAUGAUUUCAAACUUGCCAUUCCACCUAAAUGUCGAUUAAUUCGAAGAAUUACUAUGACUCCAACAAAAAUGUAUCUGUGGCCAGCAGAUUUGAUGUGCGAAAAUCGAAUUUUGAGAAAUUUUGACUCCGAUUAUGUCAUCCGGGUCUCAUUUAGAGACGAUGACCUCUCUUCCUUGAAUUUUCGACUUUAUUGGAAGAAAACCCUCGAAGUGGUCAUUGAGAAGUGUAUAACGAAAGGAUUUGUAAUUGGUUCGAGACACUACGAGUUCGUUGCGUGGUCUAGUUCCCAGCUUCGGGAGCACGGCGUGACUAUGUAUGCCAAAGACACACUCGGAAGAUCUGCAAUGGAUAUAAUUCGAUGGACAGAAAUGAACCCUCUGACAACUAUGAACAUACCAAAAUGUCUGGCGAGAAUAGGUCAGUGCUUCUCACAGACAGAAAGUGUAUGUCAUGUACCUCUUGAUGAAAAUCAUAUUGUAUUUGCAAAAGAUAUAAAACACGGUCGUAAUCCGACCACUGGCGAACCUUACUGCUUUUCUGACGGUGUUGGAAAGAUCUCUCCUAGACUGGUUCAAGAGAUUGAGAAAGCAACGGGCGAGAAGAACAAAAGCAGUGCUUUUCAAAUACGUUACGCUGGCUGCAAAGGAAUGUUGGUCAUAGACCCUCAUUUAGUCGACAAAGAUAUCGUCUUUCGAAAGAGCAUGCUCAAGUACGAAUGCCGAGGUAAUCAGCACACAAACCUGGAAAUCGCAAAGAAAAGUAAACCACAUAAGAUUUUGAAGAAAAUAGGACGAUUGAUUUUUCUUAAGCUGCAAGCAUUGUUAGCAGAAUAUAUUAUUUAUUUGGCAAGUAAAAUUGCUUUGAGACUGAAUAGACCUCUCAUAGCUAUUCUCAAUGACCGAGGAGUUCCAAACUCGGUGUUUUUGAAGCUUCAAGAGCAAAUGAUUCGAAAACUCAUCAGCAUGCUUCUAGAUGAGCAAGAGGCUGUCAGGUGUUUAAACUUUAGGAGCAAUUUCAGGAAGUUCCAUUUCACUCAACUCUCGGAAUCUGGGAUCGCACUGACCGUCGAGCCUUUCUUUAGGACAUAUUUGUUGUCUUUACAUAAGCAUUUCAUUGGCAACAUUAAAAGAAAGGCUAGCAUCGAAAUUGAUCCUGAUUAUGGACGAAACAUGUUCGGAGUCCUCGAUGAAACGGGUAAAUUGAAGUAUGGCCAAGUAUUUGUUCAAUAUUCGAAAGAUAUUUCUUCCAACGAGAGCACACCAGACGAUACAAAAAUAUUAAAACGUACUGUUAUGGUGACGAAAUGUCCCUGUGUUCAUCCAGCAGAUGUUCGUAAAUUUACUGCUGUGGACAUUCCGGAACUUCAUCACAUUGUCGAUUGCAUUGUUUUUCCACAGAAAGGUCAGCGGCCUCAUCCCGAUGAGAUGGCAGGUUCCGAUUUGGAUGGUGAUGAAUAUGCCGUCAUCUGGAUGAAGGAGCUUUUCUUCGAAUCCAAAAAUGCUGAUGCUCCAAAUUAUCCUAAACCGCUGGAAAAAGACUUCAGAAAUGUGAAAAAUUUUCUAAAGGAUUCUAAUCCUCAAGAAAUCGCGAACUUUUUUGUAAAGUAUGUAGAAAACGAUGCUAUCGGAAAGAUUGCCUACGCCCACCUUGCAUUUGCAGACAAACAUUCUAUUGCUCAUCCUACUUGUUUAAAGAUUGCCAAAAAACAUUCUUUUGCUGUUGACUUCGCAAAAACUGGAUAUUUUGAAAGAUUGAAUGAGCAUGAAAUUCCGGAUUUAUUUCCUGACUUCAUGGACAAGUUUUGGCAGAAGAAAUACAAAUCGAAAAAAGCUUUGGGGAAAAUGUUUCGAAUUUGCAAAGACUUUGAAAGCGAGAAUGAAGAAUAUUCACUUAGGUAUUCUGAUAUCCAGAUCGAUUCAUCCCUAAUAGUUGAUGGUUGGGAAAAAUACGAAGAAGCUGCUAUUUCUUCACGAAACGCCUACAAUACAGUGCUAAAAACGAUCCUGGAAACAUACGGUAUCAGCCAUGAAACUGAAGCAUUUGGUGGCUCCUUCUUGACACUUCAUGAACGCUUUCGGGAGAGGCGAGACCGUGCCGACAUAGCCAAAAUAGUCAACAAAUGGCUCCUAGAGCUGAUAAGUAAAACCAGAGAACAAUUCUUUAGUGAAUUUGCAUCCGAUAAUAUCCAAACUGGAAUUGCAUUAAAAGAAUAUCUAAAGAAAGCGUCAGCUUGGUACAUGGUUACGUAUCGUAAAGAGUGUCCAGAAUUUCUGAGUUUCCCAUGGGCAGUCUCUGAUGUUCUUGCUAACGUUAGAAUACUUAAAUAUGAAACAAUUACUAAGAGUUUAACCCCUCGUUUUCCACUGAUAGAAGAGAUAAAUGCUUUGAUAACACACGUAUCCCAAAAUGGAUCGUUGCAAAACUUACCCUAUCGUGCCAUCAGUUGCUUGCAUCAAUUAAAAUUUACUUGUGACAGAAGCAUUAUUGAAAAAGCAAUUAGUGUUCUAAUCAAAUGGGCCGAAGAGGAACACAUAUUAUCCUACAAAAAUUGUUCAAACUCUGAAAUGAUUCCUUGCAAUGUCUUUAUUUUCCACAUUCUGUCCACCGCUAUGUAUUACGGUUACCUGUCUAACUCCCGAGGUAUCAAAUGUCCAAAUCCAUCUUCUGCUGCAUUUUGCUUAUGUUUUUUCAGCUAUUUAAGGUGGCUUAGGUUCCUCACCAAAGAGGACAUCAAACACUUGUUUCCAGCUGAGUUCCAAGAUAUCAAGGUACUAAGUAAACGAGCGUCGACAGAACUUCACAAUAUUGCCUUAACCGGAAAGUUUCGAGUUUUAUCUCACAGUAGCUGUGAGGAAAUGACUGAAAUCUACGAAAUGCAACCUGUUUCUGUUGAUAGAUCUAUUUUUGGAAGAUUCCGCAUCCCAAUGCAAGAACUAAGUAAUGCUUCUAGGAUUCUUAAAAAUUACUCCAAAGUGGAUAGUGUAGUCAUGAGAGAGGAUCACCUUCGGAGGAAAGUAAUUGUUACUGCGAAAGGCAAAGCCUUCGCUCUGCAGCGAUUGAAGGAUAUUUUAAAUAAAAACGAAAGCAAUUUGAAGAAAUUGUUCAUUACUUGAAGAAAUUUUUAUCCAUUAAUUUAACCAUUAUUCGUUGGAUAUUUAAAAGUAUAUGUAUGCAAGGGUAAAUCAAAAAGUAAAGGUCACUUUCAGAUUACAUUUUUAUUCUCCAUCCAAGCGGAAGAACUGCACAUAUGCUUUUUUUCCAGAUGCCUCUUCUACGUGCUGUGUUAUCUGCUGUCAUAUUCCAUCCACAACGAAAGGUUUUCAAUUGUGUGUUCGACUGUACCGUAUCCUGAACCUUACCAUUAAUUCUAAACCGACUAACAAACUGUGUCUCCUUUAAAAAGCCAGAAGAUAUGGUAUUCUAAUGAUUAUAUGGUAGAUGAAACUACGAUUCAAAGUCAAUUUGGGCACAUUGUCUUGCCGUAUGACUACUUUCGUGGAGUACUAAGCGUUCUCUUAAACAGCAGACAUAUCACAUAGCAACUCUAAGUCAAGCCUAUGCAGAAUGUCUCACUAUAUAGAACUCCGUGAACAUACGUCCCUUCAACAUUCUAAAGCAUUCAUAAUUACUUCCUAACAGAUGGUUGUGAGUUCUAUUUAUAUCCUCAAUAAGCCCUGAUAUGAUACACCAGAUAAACAAAUACCUUUCGAAGUUAGCGUCGUCGGUAGAGGUGA